AAACUGCUAUAUAAAGCUUGCCCCCAUGAACAUAGACGCCAUUGCUCAUCAGAUUAGAAAGUAAAAAGCAUCUCCAAAAUCCACAUUCAUCAAUGGCUGCAGUAGGCGUGAAUCUUCCGACACCCUUGGAUGCCACUUCCCACCCUCCUCCUCUCUUCGAUGGAACUACGAGGUUGUACACCUGUUACACAUGCCCAUUUGCACAGCGUGUAUGGAUCACCAGGAAUUACAAGGGAUUACAAGACGAGAUCAAAUUAGUUCCACUUAACCUUGGAAACAGGCCUGCUUGGUAUAAGGAGAAAGUCUACCCUGAAAACAAGGUGCCAGCCUUGGAACACAAUGGCAAAGUUAUUGGAGAGAGUCUUGAUUUAAUUAAAUAUGUAGACAGCAACUUUGGGGGGCUUUCUCUUUUACCUGAUGAUCCUGCUAAAAGAGAGUUUGCUGAAGAGUUGAUAGCUUACACUGACACCUUCAACAGGACAGUGUUUACAUCAUUCAAAGGAGAUGCAGUAAAAGAAGCUGGUCCAGCUUUUGAUCACUUGGAAAAUGCUCUAAAUAAAUUCGACGAUGGGCCAUUUUUCCUUGGGCAAUUCAGUUUGGCGGACAUAGCUUUCGUUCCAUUUGUUGAAAGAUUCCAAAUCUUCUUAUCAGAGGCCUUCAAGUACGACAUCACAGCAGGAAGGCCUAAGCUUGCAAAAUGGAUCGAGGAGAUAAACAAGAUCGAUGCUUACAAGCAAACAAAGACUGAUCCCAUAGAGCUUGUUGAAUUCUACAAGGGUCGCUUUCUGGCGCAGCAGUGAACACGCCAGCAAGUCUUCUAGACAUAAGCUAAAUAAAGCGGCAUUGCGGCUUUUUGCGUUGUUUCUUAGUAUGUAAUAAGAAUUUCUUGAGUGCGAGUGGACUAGUUAAAUAUAUGGCUACGUGUAUGUAUCAGCGUGCGUUGGUGUGUAUGGAUUGCUUAAAUAAAUGGAAAUAAGUUGGUACCGUGCU